AUGACCCAUCUUUAUCAGGUCGCGACGACCUUGAGGAUCGGUACGGACAACGUCCUGGCGGUUCGCACACUCUGGUAUGACAAGCAGGAGUUGUACGAGACCAACGGGAAGGGGCGAGGCAAGGCCACCAGCUUCGACGACGGGAGACGUGUCAUCACCAAGGAGCAAGAGGAUGGACUGCGCGAGUUCAUCAAGGGCGAGCACGAGGCGGGACGUCAGGUCUUCCGCCGUACCGUCAAGGAUUACUUGGAGUGUUCGUUCGGAUUAGAGAUGUCGAAUCGUGCCGUGGGAGGGUUGCUGCAGCGCCUUGGCUUCAAGCGCCGUAGGGGUAGGAUCAAAAUACCCCCGUUGAACGAGGAGAGGAAAAACCGCAUCCGCCUCUUCCUUGUUAAGAUGGACCUCGCGAAGAGGGCCGAGGACGCUGGGGUCGCAGUCAUUGUGUACAUAGAUGAGAGCUUUGUUCACCAGGCGCAUGGUUCCGCGUACUCGUACUUUCCUUCUGACGAUACUGGGGUUGUGCAGGAUGGGAUAGGCCGUACAACGGGGAAAGGUUUGCGUAUGAUCAUGGUGCAUGCGAUCACGAAGCACGGGCCCUUGGCCGAGCUACAGGAGGGAUUUCCUAUCCGUGAGGGUUGGUUCAAGGCUAAGGAAAAUCGUGCGAAGAAGAUUAAGCCUGGCGAGGCGGAUUUCGAAAUGUCAGAUGAGCAGACAGCAGAAUUUCUGUGGCAGGCCAAGUUGGCAACCGGAGAUUAUCAUAACGCCAUGACGGAUGGGAUGUUCAUGCAGUGGUUGAAGCACCGACUUACCCCGGCCUUCGAUGCGCAGUUCAAGAACAAGAAGAUGUUUCUCGUUCUCGAUAACGCCUCAUACCACCACUGCUUUGACGAGGAGGUUAAGGUGCCCGAAACCAACAGUAAGAAGUACAACGUCGAACUCUUGCGCAAGUACGGUUGCACGUCGUUCAAGGUGACGCGUGAGUCGGAGGGUAAGGCUGCUGAGUACAACUUUGAGGUCCCGGCGCAGGGGUCGCUACCCAAUGCGAACCGCAAGAACGGCGUCAGCAAAGAAGAGAUAGCCUCCGUCACUCGGACGUACUUCAAAAAGAAUUUUCCACAAAAGCUCGAGGAAAAGGCUGAGACGUACAUGAGGGAGAAGGGGUGGGGGUUAAUUUGGACACCGCCGUACAUGCCGACUUUCCAGCCGAUCGAGCUGUUCUGGCAGCACGGCAAGCAUUACGUGAGCAUUCAUUUUGAGAAGGGGCGGAACAUAUUGGAUGUCUGGAAGCAAAUCCGUCUCGGUUGGUAUGGAGACCCGGAAUGGGACGGUCAGGAGGGGGGGUGGAAGGCAGCCAACUGUGGAAAGUUGGUGCAGCAUGCCAUUGGCAAGAUGGACGAGUGGAUCGGCCUGUAUGGUGGAAACCUGAGCGGUACGAUCGGUAGCCUUGAGUAUCCAGUGGCAGAGUACCAAGAGGCUACGGCCGAGGAUGAGAUAGAGGAUGGAGUGGAGGAGCAGACGGAUGAGUGGCUGGGUGAGGACGCGGAAGAUGCCAUUGAGGGCUGAAAAAAAAUGCCACGAAAAAAAU